UCACUAGCCUAUGUAAAGUGGUGUUAGAUGUAUCGCACUGUUGCUGCUGGCACUUGUCUCGCGCGCGCGCGCGGUUUCCAGGUGAGGGAAUAACCCUGCGCAUGCAUGUAUGCGAAUGUCUGACGGUGCAUUUUACCGAAGUUUAUAGUCAUAGUGGUCAAAUAUUGUAAAAAUUAAGUUUACGAAUUGAUAUACUUUUACAAGAAGUAAAUAUAUUUAAAAAAACUUCAAGAAAUAUGCCUCAAUACUCAGUUAAAGUCAGAUGGGGAAAGGAUCUUUUUGUUGGCGUAGAGGUUAAUACAGACGAGGUACCAAUGUUGUUUAAAGCACAACUAUUUGCACUCACAGGAGUGCGGCCAGAAAGACAAAAAGUCAUGUUACAAGGAUUAACAUUGAAAGACGAUGAUUGGGGUAACAUCAAAUUAAAAGAUGGCAUUAUGGUAUUGAUGAUGGGUUCUAAAGAGGAAGAUGUACCAACAGAACCUACAGAAAAACCAUUGUUUCUAGAAGAUAUGAACGAAUCUGAAUUAGCCACAGCUUUAGGUUUACCUGUUGGUUUGACCAAUUUUGGAAAUACAUGUUACUUUAAUGCAACUGUGCAAUGCCUGAAAACUGUCCCUGAACUACGAGAUGCUUUAAGGGGUUUUUCAGGAGAAGUUGCUGCUAACAAUGGUUUUGCACAUAAUAUAACAGCCGGUUUAAGAAAUUUGUACGAGGGUAUGGAUCAAAGGAGAUUCUAUUCACCCUUUUUUCUGGUGGAACUAAUGCGUCUGAAGUUUCCAAGAUUUGCCGAACAAUCUGAAAAUGGUAGAUUUCAGCAGCAGGAUGCUAAUGAAUGUUGGACACAACUUCUUAGAAUGUUGCAAAAAAUAUUACCAGCAAAGGAAAAUUCUGCACCUUCGGAAGAUGAUGGACAAAGUUAUAAGCCUCGAUCACUGAUUCAACAAUAUUUCGGAGGAACGUUCGAUACAGAAUUAAAAUGUGUAGAAUCUGAAGAUGAACCACCCACAAAAGGAAAAGAGGAAUUUUUACAACUAAGUUGUUUCAUAUCAACUGAAGUUAAGUACAUGCAUUCUGGACUUAGGAAUAAGAUGCAAGAACAAAUUACAAAACUGUCCUCGACGUUGGGCAGAGAUGCUGUAUAUACAAAAACGUCAAAAAUUAGUAGAUUGCCAGCAUAUUUAACUAUCCAAUUUGUACGUUUUUAUUAUAAAGAAAAGGAGGCGAUUAAUGCAAAAAUUCUCAAGGAUGUGAAAUUUCCUCUUGAAUUUGAUGCUUUUGAAUUAUGCACCAAUGAACUUCAAACUAAGCUCACCCCGAUGCGUGAAAAAUUUAAAGAAUACGAAGACACUUUACUGGAAGAAUCGCGUAACGCAAAAGACAAAAAGGACAAGGAAGAUAAUAAAAAGCAAAUGAAACAGGAAUCAUUUUGGUUUUCAGACGAUUUAGGCUCGAACAACAGUGGUUUCUAUAUUCUGCAGGCAGUUCUAACGCAUGGGGGCCGAUCAAGUAGUAGUGGUCAUUAUAUAGCUUGGGUUCGUCAAAAAGAAGACAGUUGGUUAAAAUGUGACGAUGAAAAUGUUAAUGCUGUAACCAGUGAAGAUGUUUUAAAACUUAGCGGUGGUGGUGACUGGCAUUGUGCAUACGUUCUUCUUUACGGCCCGAAAAUUUUAGAAGUACCUGAUACAGAUAAUAGUGAAGAUUCAGCCAGCAAGUAAUUGUUGCGUAACACAAAAUUUAAAUGACUGUAACAAAGUUUCCUCCUUGAACUAUCAGAGGAAUGCAUUUAAAAGUUUUAAAAAUUCCCAGCGCUAUUGUACCCACAUACAAGGCACAUCUUUCUCUUUUCUACUUAGCUCCAGGUACAAGCUUAUUGAAAAUACCAUCAACAUCCAAAGAAUUCUGUUUUUCUUUGUCACGUUUGCGUUAUCCUUCUGGCAAGUGAAUUGUAAAGAACGCAUUUCUUUUCGUAAAAUACAAAGAUUACGGGUAUGAUGUCGACUAAUUGUUGUUAAGAAAUUCUUGCUCUAAUACGUUGAGAAGAAUUGUAUCGCAUCAUAUUUAAUUAAUUAGUAUUUUCAAUUUGCCAAAAUAUUGUAUGAUGUAUACAUAUUAUAUAUUGCUUAAAUACACAAAC